ACUUGUCAAUGAUUCUGUCCUUGAACUUGGUCAAAAGAGUAGUUGUAGCCACGUAACUGUCGACAUAAAAGCUUGCCCAGCCAAAAAAACUGGACGUGAGAGCCUCAAGGCGAAAAAACAGACACAAAAACAUCCCAAAACAGAACAAUUAUUAGACUUAGUUCUUCACUCUAUGCAUGUAAGAAACAAACAAAACUAAAUUAAGAUUCAUACCCAAUACAAUGCCCAGUAAACUCAAGAAAGCCAUAGGAGCUGUUAAAGAUCAAACCAGCAUUGGUUUAGCCAAAGUUUCAUCAUACACAGCCACAUCAAGUGUUGAAGUAGCCGUUCUAAAAGCCACCACCCAUGAUGAUUCAAUCCCUGUUGAUUAUCGCUACAUCAACCAAAUCCUCACCCUUGUUUCCUCAAACAAGAUGAACGCAUCAGUCUGCGCCCGCGCAAUUGGGAAACGAAUCACGCGAACACGCAGCUGGGCAGUUGCAGUUAAGUCUCUAAUCCUAGUCCUUCGAAUUUUCCAAGAUGGAGAUCCUUAUUUCCCACGAGAAAUCCUACAUGCCAUGAAACGUGGUUCCAAGAUUCUAAAUCUAUCUUCAUUUAAAGAUGAUUCCAGCUCGUCUAGCCCGUGGGAUUACUCGGGCUUUGUUCAGACGUUUGCUGAGUACUUGGGCGAACGUCUAGACUGCUUUCUAACGGGUAAGCUCCAACGUAGAAGAACCACAAACCCGAGGAAGAUUAACAACAACGAAACUAUUCGCGAUAUGAAGCCUGGAAUGCUUCUAGACAAGAUCUCAUGCUGGCAGAAUUUGCUCGAAAGAGCAAUUUCCACCAGGCCAACUGGAGCAGCGAAAAUGAACCUUUUGGUGAAAACUUCUCUAUACGCGAUUGUUCAAGAGAGUUUCGAUCUAUACAAGGAUAUAUCCGACGGGCUAGCACUCCUACUCGAUAGCUUCUUCCAUCUACAAUACAAUACGUGCAUAAUCGCGUUCGAAGCUUGCGUAAAAGCCACCAAGCAGUUCGAAAAACUCUCUGUUUUUUACGAUUUCUGUAAGAUCAUUGGCGUGGGUAGAACUUCAGAGUACCCGAGUGUUCAAACGAUAUCAGAUGAAUUGUUGAAGACAUUAAAAGAGUUUUUGAAGGAUGAAUCUUCUUUUCCACUAAUGAUCAAGCCGAGAUUUCCCCCACAAACUGUUGUUAACACUUCCAAAUUGGGCUCUUCAUCAUCUCCCGAUACGUCACUUGAAGAUCUACUUAGCGCGACUGAGCUUUCGUAUGGGAAAGAUCAACCAUCAAUUUCGAUUGAUCUCGAGACGUAUUUAAUCACCAAUCAUGAUCAGAUUGAGAAGAAAUCGAUACAGAGUAACACCAACAGUGAGAAUGACGACACGCUAUCAACAAGAUCGCUACCAAUCUCAAACACAGCUGUGGAUCUAUUAGAUGACUGGACGAACGAUAAAGAACAACAGACGAUCGAACCUGUUUCAGGGAUCGGUUGGGAAAUGGUGUUACUUGAAGAAACUAAACCAAAAGAAGGAUUACAACUACCAAGUUUCUUGUCAAAAGGUCCACAAUAUUCAGAAGUUAAUUGGGAGCUUGUGCUUACAGAAACCUGUCAAACAGUAAUGAAUCCAUCAUCAAACCAACAGAAUUCAACCAAGUAUUAUAAUCCAUUUCUCCAAGAAACGCAAGAAAUCGAUGAGAAAUCAAUGUACCAAUCCCAAUCCCAAUCCCAUGCAAGUUUACCAUUCAAUGAAGAUAUAUUUUCUUCCCCAACGUUCAAAGCAGCUUCUCCUGUUUUCUGGACUGGUGAUCCAUUUGCGUCGCAGUAUAAUCCAGUUGGUGGUGAUCAAAGUUUUGGUAGAUCAGUAAUGAAUUCAGAGAACCUGCAACAACAACAACAACAACAAAUGUGGUUGCAACAGCAGAGCAAGAUUAUGGCGAAACACAGCCCUUGA